GACGUGCGCGUUACAAACUUGGCUAACAGCUAAAAGCGAACAUAAGUUUUUCGAACGAACCGACGAAAACGACGGAAAUGAAGUUGGCUAAGAAGUGCUCCACCUACUUGGUGAUAUGCCUGGUACUGCUGGCCUGCUGCCUGCAGGAAUCGGAGGCCACGCGACGAGUGAACCGCGGUCGACGCACCCUAACCCGCAGAUACUUCUCUGGCCUUGCUAUUCCCGGAUGGGCUCUGAUCGUUUGUGUAGCGGUGGGUGAGCUGCUGAUUGGCGGAGCCCUCUAUUUCAUCCUGAAGAAGGUGAUACUGGACAAGGAACCAGAUCAGACGGCGGCUUCCUACACGCCCGCCCAGACUCAUCCGACGGCCACUCCUUAUACUCCUGCCCAGACUCAUGAUCCGUCCACGGCCACAACCUAUACUCCCGCCCAGACUCAUGAGACGGCCAACGUGACUCCCACUCCAACGCAUGCCACCGCAAUUGUCUGAGGAGAUGUGUUAAAGAUCAAAGUGACCACUUUUAGUUCAUAACCCUUUCCAAAUCAGUUCAAAUACCAUCAUUAACUAGCUUUAUUGCCAUUUAAUCGACACACAAAUAGAAAAUGUGCCCUUUGUUUACCUUCAUUUUCGAAUAAAAUUAUUUGCCGCUUAUCUGGCGCCAAACAAGCUUCA